CUCGUGUGUUUCCUGAAUCUGAGGGAUUUGUCUUUUUUAUUCCUCUGAAUAUAUAUGGAUAUAAUGUUCAACUUGGACCGAGAGAUGCACAAGUUCUCUUAACCACAGCAGUGAUACAAUGGGGAAACUUCACUCAAAACAUGCUUGCAAACGUCGGGAAAAUCCUGAGGGGGAUAGUUUUGUUGCGAACGGCAUUAUUUCUAGAAGAGGAGUUGAAGGCGGCGAAAGAUAUGACACCAAUCUGAAAGAUUAUAAGGAGCUGAAGGACGGACAGAUGCAGGUCCACCACUGCCCUCUACAGGUGGUUUUGCCUCCAGAAAAGGCUGAAGGAUGUGAGAGUUUUCGGCCGUCUGAAGAUAGAGAGAGAGACGCGCUGAAGGAAACCUGCAAAGGGAAGAAGCGCAUCAGUCUAGAUGAUCUGGAGUGUAACGUGUCUCUGGUUGAUGACAACAGGCAGGAGUGGGUCUUCACGCUCUACGACUUCGACAACAGCGGAAGAGUCACAAAGGAGGACAUGUCCAGUUUGAUGCACACUGUCUAUGACGUGGUGGACGCCUCUGUCAAUCACUCGUGUAACGGCAAACGAAAGACCCUCCGAGUGAAGCUGACGGUCACUCCUGAACCCAGAGCUCGCAGGAGAGACACGACACACACCGGGAACGGUGGCGACAAGUGA